UCUCGUGUGACGCACUAUUCAGUAAACUAAGCUGACUUCAUCAUGGAAGAAAAGCAAAAGCUAAAAGAUGAUGUUCCUCCAAGCUAUUCAGCACUACCUCCAAAGGAAGGAUAUUCUCCAGUUAUUGUGGUUGAUAAACCUCCAGAUUACCUCUGGCUCUCUGUGUUUACUAUUGCAUGUUGUUUUUGGCCAGUGAGUAUACUUGCAAUACUCAAGUCCAUUGAAGUAAGGAGCCAUAUUGUGGCCGGUAGAGUGGAAGAGGCCAAACGAGCCUCAAGACAAGCCAAGAGAUACAACUUACUGUCAAUUUGUCUCAACUUAUCAAUGAUAUUCAUGAUCUAUGCUGUUACCAUAUUGGCACUGACACCAGUGUGGAUACUGAUAGCAAGAGGGAACCAAACUGAUUCGAACAAUAAUGAUACUAAUUAUAUCUGACACUUGUAUAUUGCUACUUUUAUUGCUAAUCAAAUGCUGUUUUAUCUCAUUAUUCCUUUGUUAUUGUGUAAA